AUGGAGCUCGAGAGCGACGACCGUGCGAAGCGAGGCACGUCGCGCGCCGAGCGCCUUGCCAUGCUCGAGUUCUUGCGCAUUCCGGACAACUUUGCGUUGAUGACUGGCCAGGCCUCCAAAGGAAAGUCGAUGAAAGGCGGGCAGAGGAUCACAAAGGCCCACGGCCACGCCCAAAUGGCCGAUUAUGUGAACAUGGUCGUUCGUGAUAGCACGCGAACGUGGACGACGAAGGACGCAAAGUUCCGCGCUUCGUUGGUGCGUCCGAACAACAGCGGGCGAGAUCUCACUCAAAAGGACUACAAACGAAAAAUCUUCACGAUUGAAAGCAAGUUGGAGAGUAUUUGUCCGUACUACAACGACAUGAAUGCGCUUUUUGGCGAACGCCAGAACUUUCGAUCAUCCUUUGUGUUAGAAACGAACAAUGACAUCG